AAGCAUACUAAAAAGACGUAUAGUCAUAGUAUUAUAAACAUCACUUUAACGAUAUAUCACAUAGAUUGCAUCUAAGACGCGUUAUAUCAUCAUUCUUUCUAUCAGGUCACGUUUUGUUUUGGUUUAAAAUCAAGUGGCGUAUCCUAUACCCAACAAAAACAAUCCACAUUAGUGUGAUAGCUAACAGGUUGAGUCUAAUCUGAAGUAUACUGACACUUCAAUCCAUCUUUAUACAAGAAAUGUCAAGUCUACGAAAGCAAACUGUACCGAUAACAAAUGAUAAAGAUAAGACAUCAUCAACAUUGAAUAAUUCUCAUGAUGGCAAUCAUCAAUCUAUACCGCAAACACAUGCCGAUCCUGGAUUAGAUACAAUUACAGAGAGAUCAAAGGAAAGUUCACAGGUUAGUCUAUCAGUUUCAAAUAUAAAUGUCACCGACCCAUCUCAGCCACCAACAGAUGAUUCAAAUAGGCCAAUUGCUCCAGAAGUAUCUAGCUGGGCUAAUUCAUUAUCAUUCUCUUCAUUUUCAGCUCCACGUCCCAAUUGGUUAACUUGGAAUACUACCCCUAAUGGAACUGUUGCUUCAGAUCGUAGAAGUACAAAUAGUCAGACUGAUGAACAUAAUAAUUCUGCUAUACUAGAUUCCCCAGAAAUACCACCACAGAAAGAUGCUCUUCCCAUCCCUGAGACUGAAAACACAGUUAGAGCAGAUUCUGUAACUGAAACCGAAACUAAUAUUGAACCAUGGGUAGAUUGGUCAUUACAGUAUAGAAGAGUUAGUUCGGUAGUUUCAUAUGUAUAUAGUAGGAGUACACUCAAUGAAGAAGAAGCUAUACCAGUAUCAACAGGAGCAGUUGCUGGUGCACGGGGACCAUCCGUAGUAGAGAGUUCAACAAGUCAGAUAAUAUCAGAAUUUAAUAGAAAGAGCUCGUUGUCAUCACCGGUUCGAUCAUCAAUAUCAUUACCGAAACCUCCCACUAUAAAAUCUAAAACCAUGUCAAUAUCCCCAGCUGGUUCACUUGUACUGAAUCAAAAGAAAAAGACUCCAUCCAUAUCCCCUCCUCCUUCUCAAUCAAUAGAUCAUCAAAAUAUCAUACCUUCCAAUGGCACAACAUCACAACCAAGUCAAGUUUUAUCACAACCGAAUGAAGUAACUCCAUUAUUACUGAAUGUGAAUGAAAACAAUACGGUUGACAAUAGUUGGUUUAGUUGGUUUACAUUACCAACAUUUUGGAGUAGUGCUGCUGCAGAUGAUUCAGAUGACGAAGAAGUACAUAAUUCUGAAUUAUAUAAAUCUGCCAAAAGUGCGAUUGAAAAUUCGAAGGAAUCAUCUCAUUAUGCUAUAAAAUGUACCAAUAUAGAUAUUAAUUCACAAGAAGGUGGUAUCAGAGAACUUGAAUUGGCAGUCAGUGACACUAUGACUGAACGUGAGCCAGUUAAGUAUAGAUCAAGAAAAAGACCAUUAUUACCUAAUGAGGUGCAAGAGAGGACUUUAAUUAAUCGUACACCUACCCCACCACAACCCUCACAAUCGCAAUCACUGACACAAGCAGUUAAUCAAACCCCAGUUGUAAAUACUACGAUUCAAAAUGGUACCACAUCAUCUUCGGUUUCCAUUCAAGGUGCCAAAUCAAAUGGUAGUGAAAUGAUUACUAAGGAUCAACAACAAGCUAUAGCUAAAGUUAUAUCACGUAAAAGUCAAGUAUUACCUUCUAUUGAUAAGAAUUUACGAACAAUUACUUUAAGUACCAAAGUUCGAUUAUUUCUACAAGAUUUAAUGUGGAAAUCGAGUGAAAAACAUAUUUACAGGAAGAAACCUCGAGAUAUUAUUAAAAAACGAUCCCAAAUUAAAAGAGUGGUUGUGAUUGGGAUUCAUGGAUUUUUACCUAUAAAAUUAGUUCGUACCUUAAUUGGACAAUCAACUGGUAAUUCAAUUAAGUAUGUGAGUGAAGCUUCCAAGUGUAUCCGACAAUGGUUAGAAGAUAAAGAAUCUUGUCAAGUUGAGAUUAAUACAAUUGCAUUAGAGGGUGAAGGUAAGAUUGAAGACCGAGUUCAAAAAUUAAUGAUAUUAAUUGAGAAUUGGAUAUCAUUAUUAGAAACGAGUGACUUUGUAUUUUUUGUCAGUCAUGGUCAAGGAACACCAGUAGCGAUUAAUUUAUUAAGUCGAUUACUUGAAGCCCAUCCUCAUAUAUCACCUAGUUCAUUAAAGAAAAUUGGAUUAUUGAGUAUGAGUGGGAUUAUCAAUGGACCUUAUAAAGGGCUUGAUUCAAAAUUAGUGAUUCGAGCAUAUACACCAUUUGAGAAUGAAAUAAUUCGAGAAUUAUUUGAAUUUCAAAAUCCAAUAAGUCAAGUAUCUCAAAAUUUAAUUAAUUCGUUACGAAAUUUAGUAAGACGCAAUGUUAAAAUCACCUUAAGUGGAUCAAUUAAUGAUCAAUUUAUCCCAUUAUAUUCUUCAUUAGGGAUAAAUUUCAAUCAUCCUAAUAUUUUCCGAGAUUUAUUUGUGAUUGAAAAUAAUAAUGAUAUACCCACAUUUAUGAUAAAGUUUAUAAAAGUAUUGAUUAUUAUGAAAAACAUGGGAAUUAAUCAAGAUUAUAAAUUAAUUCAUCAUUUGAGUGAAAAAUGUAUGGGAACAAUCAACAAUGGAGGUCAUUGUAAAAUCUAUGGUAAUGAUGAGAUAUAUACUAUGGCGAUUAAACAUAGUUUAGAAACCACCAGUUUAAUUAUGAAUCAAGAUUUAUAUGUUGAGAAUGAAAAUAUGGAAAAUUUAUCAUUAGCAUCAGUUGGAAUGACUCCAACCAAUUCCGACUUAAAGCGAACUUUAGGAUCAUCUACUUCAAUUUCAUCCACCACAGUUGCAACAGCAGCAGCUGUUAAUACCAUUACAACUGUCACUCAACCAGCAUUAAAUCUUUAUGAAUUAUCGUGGAAUUUACGGAAUUUAUUACAAGAUUUACUUUCAAUAAAUAAUAUUGGAAAUGUGGCAUUAAUUCGAGAGUUAAAUGAUGAAAUUAAGUCUUGGGAUUUGUAUAAUCCUCAAUAUAAAAUAUGGAAAGAUUUACGACCUGUAUUUGAUAUUUUUGGAGAUAUUGAUAUUGAAGAAUUAAGAUUAUAGAAAAUAGAAUAGUAAUUCAAUAAAAGUUAUAAAUAAUAUAAUAUGAUAUAGAUUAAUAAAAUAUUAUUAAGAUGGUU